AUGAAGGCCGUGGAGGAGGUGGAAAACGACUCUCGCCAGGUUGAGAUGGAGGAGGAGAUUCGUACCUUGGAGGAGCACCGGCGGAAGCUUCUUCAGGAGUUGGAAGAGACAUCCACGAAGCUGGCACAGGUUCGCGACAGCCGACUGGGGCUGCUGCAGCAGCAUGGGGAAGUGACUGCCAAGCACCGGCAGAAGACUAUGCAGCUGGAGUCUGAGCUUCAGGACCUGAGACCAGCCAGCUUCUACAAGGUGCUUUCGUCCAGAGCCGCCAACAUGACUGAAGGCGAGCUUGUGUCGGCCUUGAAGCGGACCACCGACCGCUGGAGUCAGCUCAGCAGUCGCUUCGCCACGGUCGGCUGGACGUCGGCUCGGGAAUGUGGCUUCCCAACCCAAGUGAUUGGGCACACGAAGUUGGGAGCCAUGCCACAACGGGAGGCCACCAGCGACAACUGUGUCUGCGAGCGGCGCAUCGACCUUGAUUUCGCCGACCCACACACUCUCGUGUCCACCGUCACCGCGGCAGGUGACGUCAUGCUGGCAUUUGUGCCAGAGCCGCGCUGCAUCUUGUCCGCCCCUCCUAAAAACGCACCCGACUUGCGCGGACCGCUGGAGCCCGGAUCCUUCGUCCGGCCCCCCGGCUUGCGCCCGUUCGCCACAGCCAAUGUUGACGGCGCGACUUGUGCGGGCAACUUCCCGAACGUCGGCCCGGAGCUCAUGAAGCUGUGA